AUGCAUAUGAAUCUGUCUCCCUGCGGAAAAGACUCGAGGCCAACUUCACCUCCUCCCUACGUCGAAUUUCACGAUCCUUUCUCCGCCGCAUCUCUGGCAUAUCAACCCCAAAAAUCUCUUUGUCUUAACAUGGACACUGAAACCAGUCCUGGUAGACCUGAACCUCCGGCCUUAGCUGUUCCCAUGACACCUUCGUCUCCAAGCUGGCCUGUCCACCCUGAUCCUUGCCAAUUUCAGGAUCAACCCUUUAUGCGCACAGGCACGGAAGAGGUUCCCGAGCCUGCUUCAGACCUUUGCCCGGACCUCCUUGACUCCUGGUACCCGAGGUACCUGGCAUGCACGCAGUUCUUUGUUUCCUAUGCGCAGCAUACCCCGACAGUGCAGUCGUUGGCCGCAUUUCUCAACAUUCAACUGCCUUGCCAGCAAUCUGGGGCCCAGGCAACCCAUCCGUCAUUACGCGCCUACAUUCGGCGCCUCAUCGUAACAGCACAGGAUAGUCCUGAGGUGCUUAGCGCGUUCUUCGGAGAAGAUUGGGUCGGGGGAGUGGGGAGCAUUGUCAAGCAAGAGCGGGUGAAUUACUUGUUUACGGCAAAGAGCGGCGGGUGGGCGUCAACAAAGGCGGCGUAUGACAUUCUGCCGGACGAGCAAACGCCAUUUCUACGGCCAUUGCGAGCAGCUGCAGAGGAAGAGGUACGUGAAGCGGAAGCCCGCUGGAGUGAGUGGUUGGCAAUGGAAGAUUGGAUGGUCGGACCGCGCAGUCCGUGGUGA